UUUUCUGUAGCCCAAGCACGUGUAUCGCCAUUUCUCACGUGCCAAGUCAAUCCCUCUCUGUAGUUCCCACCCCCAAAACCCAAAGAAUCCACAAAGACGACCCAUCGCCACCGUUGUCCUGUCUCCUGUGCUCUUCCCCAAAUCCCUCAUUUCUGCAAAAUCACUGUUACAGGCAAUUCUAUCAGCCACUUUCCUCCGGGGAUCUUAGUCCCACACAACAGGGCGUGACCUGAGAUCAUAAAUUCACAAUCCCACACUCAAUUCGAAAACGAUGUGGCGGAGACUUCUCUCUUCAUCUAACCUCAAAACCCUAACCCUAGCGGCGGCGGCCACCCCAUGCCGAUCCGCUUCCGGAGCCGUCCGAUUGGUCGACCGCUUCCCGGUUUCUGCCUCCUCCUCUCUCUUUGCCGGCAGUUUCAGCACCGAUUCAGCGGAUAAAAGUAUCAAGAAGAAGGUCGAGGACGUAAUGCCGAUUGCUACUGGGCACGAGCGAGAGGAGCUUGAGGCUGAACUUGAG